GACUUGAGCUGGGUUUUCACAAGCAGGAUCACAAUUGUCCCACAUUUUGUGCAAACCUGUCGUCACACAAUUGCUGCUUUUUAUGAAACAAAAAAUACAUAGAAAGUUUAUACAAAUUAAUUAAAAUGUUUAAAGGAUUAUUGAGUUUGACCUGAUGUGGAUGAUCAACAGUUACUAAAGGUUAUGCACCUCCUUUAACUGACUAUUUGUUAAAAAUUACUUCCUCUUUCCUUAAUAUCCAUCAGUUCCCUCAACAGUUGAAGUCAAAUUGUGAUAAAUCUUAAAAUGGAGACUACAUCUGGAAAUGCAGAUUUUAUCAGACUGGAAAACAACAAAUCAGAAACUUCACCUGUUGAAGCAGAUGAUGAUAUUCAUGGAAAAAAUGAGGAUUUGGACUGGAAUUUAAAAAGCUUUGAAGAUGCCUCUAAAUGUUCGAUAAAAGAAAUGUCCCAUAAGAGACUCCUGUUGUUUCUAUGCAUCUGUCUGCUCACUGCUCUGCUGGCUCUGUGUGUUAUGGGAACUCUCUAUGCAAAACAACUUGGAUCAUAUGAUUUAUUAAAAGAGCACUACAGCAAUGCUGCAGAAAAAAUUGUUGGACACGAGCAGAAUGCUACAGAGUUAAGAGAGGAGUUUGACCAACUUCAGAUGUCUUUCAAGGAGAUGGAAAAAGGUUACCAGGAGCUUGAAGCCAGACACAACACAACCAAAGAGCGUCUCUCCUUAUGCAGUCAAGUAUCAGACAAAACAGUUGGAAGGAUAAAGUAUUACUACAUCUCUACCGAAAAACUGAACUGGAUGCAAAGUCGAGACUAUUGUGUGAGAACGGGAGGUCAGCUGGUGAAAAUACCAAGUAAAAAAGUUCAGGAUUAUUUGGCCUCGUUUCUGAAAGCAUCUUACUGGAUUGGACUGAAUGAUUUAGACACUGAAGGACGUUGGAUGUGGGUGGACAACACAACACUCUCCGGAGAAACAUUCUGGUACAGGAGGGCAAAUCAACCAGCUGAACCUGAUAACUGGAAAUUCGAGGACCCUAAUGGAGAAAAUUGUGCUUGUUUGGAUAUUGACGGUGAAAAAUUAUCAUGGUAGGACUCUUCAUGCUUAAACCUCAAGAAGUUCAUCUGUGAAAAAUAAAACCACAAUAUAUAUUAUUAUGUGGUAUGAAAUUCAAGUAUACCUAGUAAUUUUCUAUGUCUUUUUUCUCUUCAAAUUUAAAGAGCACCUAUGGUCCGAUUCACGUUUUUAAAUUUCCUUUAGUGUGUAGGUGUGUAUUAAUACAUGUUAACGAUAUGCAAAAGGUACAAACCCCAAAGUAAACAAUGACGCGAGUUAUCGUCUCUAACGUAACUCUCUUUUCUUGGACUACAACAAACACACAGAUUAUAGGCAACAUUUUACUCCCUGGGAUCAAGACCGAUAUAUAUAUGUAUUCCUCCUGCUGAUGUCAGAGGUAUUCAGACCAAUCACAACGUACAGAUUAGCUGGCCAAUCAGGGACACAGAGCUUUUCAAAUCCGUGCGUUUCAGGAAAAGAGUAAAAUAUGGAACUACAAAAAUGUACGGUAUGUGGAUAAUAAUGUGUUUUUAUACCAUAAACCACGCAAACACAUUGUAUUACACAAAAUACACAAAAUAUUUUUUUUUUACAAUGAAAUAUAGGUGCUCUUUAAUACAAACCUUCAAACUCAAUUUUAUAGUGUUAUACAAUAGGUUAGAUGCAUUAUAUCUCUACAUGAUUGUCAGCAUUGUUUUAUCUGCUAAAAAGCAUUUGAACAAAGACACAACACAUAUAAUUGUCUAAACAAGCACUUUUAUGCUAGACUGUGAAACAAUGAAAACCUAGAAAAAGGAAGAAUUUAAAUGAUGUUUUAAUGUCACAUCAAAUACUGUAAGGGCAUCAUUUUCUUUUAAUUAAAGUGAUCAGUAUGUUUUUAUUCCUGUAAAGCUGCUUUAAACCUUUAAAAAUGAUCAUAAAAAAUAAAAUGAAAUAAUGAUUUGUCUGAUGAUUUUUAUUUUCUUUUUAAGGAAACAUUACAAAUAAUUAGUGAUGCACCGAUGUAUCAGCCGCCGAUAUUUAUCGGCCGAUUUUUAUCGGCCGAUUUUUGAUGAAUUUGAAAUCAUCUGCAAUAGCGUGAGAAAGGCCGAUACCGAUUGUUUAUUAAUUAACUGCAUAAAGAAAUCCAUUAUAUGUAAAAAAUGAGAUAAUGUUGAUGCUGAAUAGCAAAAACCACCUUUGAAGGUUGUCAUGCUGUCUUAUUAUAUUUGUUUUAGCUUAAUUUGUGCCUCUCUUAAUUAGAUCCAAUCCAUGUUCAGUAAAAAUAAUUUGAUGCAGAAAUAAACUAGCUAAUAGACCAACUGUAUAGUAUACGAGUGUUUAAUAUCGGCAUCGGCCAGAAGUUGUCUGUUUAAAUUGGUAUCGGCCCAAAAAAAAAAUCCUAUCGGUGCAUCCCUACAAAUAAUGUAAUGUGUUUAAGAUUUAAAUUACACAUUUAAAGUGGCUAAAAAAAUUAAAUUUAAAGUGGAUUAAAAAAGUUGUCAAGACAAGAAUGGAUAUUGUUCAAAAUUUUAAGACAACUUUAAUGAAAGGUUUUGAUCCACUUCAAAUGUUGAUUAGUUUGACAACACUCCAUGUUACAAACUAUGUUUUAAAAUGCAAAAAUAUGAGGUCAAUAGGCCCCUUCCUUUCAGAGAAGACAUUUUGGACAAUGCCACACUACCAGAACUGAUGCUAAAAGAUGUCACGGGGACAGUAGCCUUAAAAAAGUCCUAGUAUGUACCAAUCUAGGAACAUAUAUGUUCCUUCUUUAGGUAAAAAGGUGUAAGGGUACCAUGAUCCCAGUGACAACUUUUGUACCUUAAUUUCGGAGAGUUAUGCUUUCCAUAUUGUGAGAGAGUCCUUCUUAUUCAACAUCAGUGCUUGACCUUACAAAUGCACUAUUGGAUGAAUGGGCAAACAUUUCCAGUUAAACACUCUUGUGGAAAGUUAAAAUGCUGUAGAACAUCUUUAAUAAAAUAAAGCAUUCAACAGGCCCGUAGUAUAAAUGUUUUUAAUAUACAUUUUUAUAUCAAUUUUCAUACAAAGCUAAAUGA